AGCAGCCAAAAACCAAAGCCACGAUAGCACAUUUUGUCAGUCAGUCAGUCAGUCAGUCAGUGAGUGAGUCUGUCGAAAAGUCAGUCAGUGAUUUUGAUUGAUUAUUGGUAUCCGAAACUCGAAACUGAAAAUUCAAACAGCGACUAGUGCCAGUGACCAGUGCCCAGUUCCCAGUGCCCAAUUCCCAGUGCCCAUUGCUCAGUUCCCAGUUCCCAGUGCUCAGCAGCAUACACAUGCACACAUGUGCACACAUGUAUUGAGUUAUCUGUAUCUAACAGCGGCCGGCAGACAGCAAUCAGUAAGCGAGCGACCAAGCGACCAGCAGCAGCAGCAUCAACAGCAGCAGCAUCCCAGCCAGUCAUUCAGUUAGUCAGCCUCGUCGCAAGAGUCAGAGUCAGAGUCAGCUCACUCUCCCGCUGGCUGGAGGAUAUCUUUGCGCGGCGUUUUAGUUUCAGUUCGCAUUUAGACGCGUGCUGGUGCGGAAUCGCCGAGAGAGAGAAAAUCGAAUCAAAAAUUCCGAAAGAAAUAUUAAAUAAAACACACACAAGUGAAUCUUCCGCGUAUUAAAUAAUCUAUUUGAAAUAUACAAAAUAAAAUAAUAACUUAUACAUACAAGUACUAAUCAAAUACUUGUACACACAUAACACUACACACGUGUCUGAAGUUGAAUGACAAGCCUCAAUUGAAUAUACGCAGAGGAGUAUAUGUAUUCGAAAGUGUUUAAUCAAAUGUGUAUAUAAAGAAAUCGUGUAAUAUUCGAUCAACGAGAAAAACAAACAACUUCUAACAGCAUUUGCAUAUGACCCGCAAAGUUCACACAACGCAUUAAUUGAUUAAUUAUUGUGCGACCGAGCUUUUGCUGUGAUAGAUCACAGCGAACUCAUCUUUAUAGACAAAGUCAACUAUAUUACUAUAUUCAUCGCAACAAAAUGAAGCUGUUUGCAGUAUUCCUCGCAUUAACGCUUUACGCUCUGACUCUGGUGCAGUGCCUCAGCUUGCCCGAUCCCAAUGUGAAGUGUGCCAUGGAUUGUGAUAUGCAGGAGAAUCAAUAUUUGUGCGCAGCUGACGACAAAGGCACAACCAAAACCUAUCGCAAUGUAUGCGUAAUGAAAACAGAUAAUUGUCUACAGAAUGCAAAUUUCCAAAAGAUCAGUGACAAGGAGUGUCCAUAGAUGCUAAAACUUAACCCUUUGACAGUGCGCAGUAUCAGAAUCAGAUGGAGAACUUAAGUACAGACGAUGUCUCUUUAAGUUGUUGGUUACUUUUCUUGCGUGGUAUUUGUGUGUGAUAUUUUUAAGUUGUGCUUCAGCAGAAUACAAUACACGCCCUCUUCCUGCACCACCUCCUUCACAGCAUCAGCCCCAACGCAAUGCAUAAUGCAUAAACAUAUUACGAGUAUACUAUACAUACAUAUAUUUUGUA